AUGGCGCACCUCCAAGCUCCCACCCGAAUCAACCCUGAAGAGGUCAUCCCUCUUUCCCCACCUAUACGGCCACCUUUCGUGCAGUACUCAUCAUCGCCUCUGCCGCCGACCCCUCAUACACCAUACUCCCCCGCACCACUUCAACAGCGCCCUACAUCUAUGCCACUGCGCCCUUACUUGGCUCUACUACCACGAAUCAUCCUUACUUUCUGUUCGCCAUGCCUUUUGCCGAUGAUUUUGACCAUCGCCCACUUGAUCCAAAAUCGUUCUUCUACAGCCUCUCUUGCGUCUUCUCUGAAGUCGUCCCUUCUCUCCGCUUGUUCUGGUCUUGCCAAGGGGGCAGCGUCAGUACAAGCCAUCCCAAGGUAUCUUGCUAUGCAAACGAACCAGGAGGCUGUUCGCGCUACACAAGCCACUAUCUUGGCGGUGGGCACCAUGUUGAUGGAUGCUAUCCAGAUUAUAGAGGCGGUUGUCAACUUUAUUGUCGACACUUACCGAAGCUUGUUGCUCUGUACGAUCGAGUUGGCAAUAUCCGAUUCCGUGACCAGUACACUGAACUCGGUCCGCACCGACAUACAGGACGACAUCAGUUCGGCCAACAACAUUAUUCAGAGUGCUGUCAGCGGCAUAAAUACGGUAACCAAUCUGGUCAAUGUCAACUUGACUGUCCCAUCCUUCACCAUUCCUUCUCUUUCCUUCCUCGCCAAUGUCACCAUCCCAACGACUUUUGAAGACGGGCUUCUCACUCUCAAUUCUUCUCUCCCCACUCUCAAUGAUUUAAAGGAGAAAAUGAACGAGAUAAUCGACACCCCCUUUGAGCUUCUGAUCUCAGAGAUCAAUUCUACCCGUCUCGAGAUGGCAGCGAGUUUCAACAGCUCCAUACUCCCUGUCCCCUCUCUCUCGUCUCUCUCUGCGAGCAGUGGCAACGAUCUGUCCAAUGAGCUGUGCUCUGACCUGGACACAUCCUUGAUUGACGACACCGCCAAAGCUCUACACAAGCUCUCCAGCAUCGCUAUCGGCCUUAUGUUCCUCUUGCUCUUCCUGGUGUGGGCUGCUCUUGCAAUAUGGGAAUGGCGCAAGUGGAAAAUCAUGAAGGACACCGUCGAGACAAUUCAGGAGGAAUGGCAACAUGAUGGACGAAGCGACGCUUGGAGGAUGGUGGCAAUUGUGGAGCACCCCGUGCUGGAGCGGUACUCAUCCCACGUCUUGAAUCGCGUCAGCAAGAGUCCGAGGACCAGAACGAAUAUCCGAUGGUUCAUGUCAUACCUAGCUCAUCCGACUUGCUUGGCUCUCUUGUUCAUAUCCAUCAUCGGUUUCUUGUCCAUCCAAUUCCAGCUCCUCGCUCUGAAUGCGAUCAAAUCAAACGCAGACUCCAAUGCCAACGCAACUGUGACCGCGUCGUCCAACGCGCUUGUGGCCAAACUCAAUGCUGCAGCUCUCAACAGCAGCCAAGAGUACGCCGAUUCUUACAAUACCGCCAUCAAAGAGUUUGAGGACAGGAUCAACAACGAGCUCUUUGGGAGCUGGGUCAAUACCACUGCUGUGACCUUGAAUACCACCCUUGUCCAGUUCUACGACGAUGUCGAAAGCAUCCUCAAUACCACUUUUGGCGACACAAUCCUUUACAACCCGAUCAACACCUUCAUGUACUGCAUCCUGGGUUCCAAAAUCACCAACCUCGAGAAGGGCCUCACCUGGAUAUCUGAACACGCCUUCGUCGACCUUCCUACCCUUUCUAGCGACGUUCUCCUGCUAUCAAAUGGCUCGAUGGAGGAGAUCGCUACACCUAUUGCAUCUGCGGCAGUAGGGUCUAGCGAUGAUGACGACGAUGACGGCGUUGUUGGCACUCUAAUCACCCACUUUGAGAGCGCUCUGAAGGUGGAGAGGGUCUUCUACGGCAUCAUGCUAGCCUUUUGGCUCCUUCUUUUUCUGAUUGGCCUCAUCAUCGUCAUCUGGUAUAGUGGUGGCAAGGACAAAUAUAUGGCAUUGCGAGGGAUGCCUCCAACGGGGCCCGACGGCUUUGGUCAGAGCGGCCAAGAUAUCAAGCAGCAGCCAAAGUGGAAAGGCUGGAUGACGAACGAUCAUCCUAUCUACGAGUCGUACGCCGAGAAGCAAUUUCGAGGGACAUCUCCCUCACCUGGUGGCGCCCCGAAUUUGGUUGUACCGUCUUACGACCUGCCUCACUCCAACGACGAGAAAAGCUUUUUCCGUCAUGUACCAGACUCUCGUCACGGUGACCCAACGCUUGGUCGACAGAGUUCUGGGGUCCGAAACACUCUUGCCUCUCUGGCCGCGCCUGGUCAAAGCUUCCUGAAGCUGACUGGCCGCAAGCUCACCGGUACCCCUACCCCAGCCGAAGACGAGGUACCUUUCGUUGCUGGUCAAAGCUCCGAACUCUACUCCCGAGACCAUGCAAAUUCGCCCUUCCCUCGCCAGAAUUCUGUAUCCUCCGAUCGCCCAAACUCUCCUCAGCCGUUUUGGGUCGACAAAUUUUAUGGGGCGGUUGAAGGUGUCAGAGCGUUCUUCCCUACACGGGGCCAGAAACAUGGUGCGGCUCUUAGGAGGAGUGCGAGCCAGCGCACGGAGAAGAGCUUUGGGGCAAGCCAGGUGCCUACUGCCCGCACUCCUCGUUACGACUGGGCUAAUGAGGCGAAGAAGAAGAAUGAGCCCGAGUGGACUAUGGUUGAUGCGGAGCUCUAUGGGAGGGAUAUUGACGGCGAGCCAGGACGCUAUCCCGCUAUUCAUUCACAUGAGGAAUCGAACGCGAGUGACGGGGCUCAUGCUGUCUAUCCGCGACCAAUGUCUCGCGCGCCCACGCUCGGGGAAGGCAUGUCGGCUCUCUUAAACACCCCAUUCCGCGAUCAGCCCCCGCUUCCCGCGGGGGAGCAACACGACUCUGUCGACUAUCUCGAGGAGUACAACUCGACACAUUCGGAACACGAACACUUUCGAGAUGUGGCAUCUCCAACCUCUUCCUCAAUGUCCUACUUUGCCGCCGAGCCGCAGCUUGCGAGUGCAUCCAAGGUGCAGGUCGAUUUGGGGACGGGGAGCGGCCACGCUACGACUGCAUUGGCAGAGAUCAUGAGAGAGCUCCAGGAAAGGAGAGACAGAGAAGGCCCAUUUUCUGAUCCCCAUGGAGGGAACACAUAG